AUGCAGUCAAUAGUUUUACAAAAUAAAAUUGUAUUUAUCUCAAAUUAUUAUUUAAUCUAGAAUAAAAAUCUGGAGGAUAAGAAACAAAAAUCCGUAAAGUUAUCAAAUAUGUAAUCAACUAUUAUAAGAGUUUUUACUUAUUAAGCUUCUGGAAGUAAUGCUUUUAAAUUCAGCCAGUGGACUUUUUAUAAAUAAUUUAAUGGUCUAAAAUAAAAUAAUAUAAACAAUUGA